GUUGUUGUUGCUGUCACUGCGGCCACCAUUCAUACCGUUGCGAAGUCAUCGCCGUCAUUAUCAUUAUACUCAUUAUUGUUAACAACAACAACAACAAUAACAACAACAACAGCAACUAUAAUAAUAACAAAAACGACAACAAAGCAAAUACAUCGGCCAAAACAGCAGCAAAAAUAUCAACAACAACGAUAACGGCUACGUAAAAUGGAACCCUCAUAUGAUCACGAACAUCCACAUCAUCAUCAUCAUCAACAUCAACAGCAACAGCAACUACUAACAAAUUACAAUUCGAAAAAGUACAAUCCACAAAUCACUCGCACACCGGAAUAUCCCUCAACUUCGUCUGGCGAUUUACACGAACAUUCGUUAAUUACCGACGCUCGUUUAGCUACGAAUUUGCAUGACGGCAAUAGCGACAUUGCCUAUCAAUUUCGUCAUGGCAGCGAACAUUCCUCCUCUAGCCUACAUUCACCGGCUAUACAUCAUACGACAGCCUCAACGCCCACCAAUAACAAUACCAAUAGUUACGAUAAUGAAACUCAUUUAUCGGAAACGGGUGGUUCUUUGUCUGGACAUUGUCACAAUUCGAUGAUGGUUGGUUCAUAUAUGACCUCAACUCCCCCACCCCCUACACCGUCAUCAAUAACAACAAAUCAACACAUGUUAGGGACAAAUAUGCCAACAGCACCACCCGCCGCUAUGCUUAAUAAAUAUUUGUCAACGCAUGCCACCAUGAUGCCAGUAGCCAUGUCAUCGGAUACCGAGGAUUAUCCAGCCGGUGUAGUCGACGCUUCUAUGUGGGCCUACGAUUAUAAAGGUGAACUGUGUGCUCCGAAUUGUAAUUUUAUGGAGCGUCACAAAUUAGUCAAUGAAGUUAAGUUUCGUGCUGUUAGUAAUCAGUCUAAAUGUGCCAAAGAGACCCGUAUACGACGACCAAUGAACGCGUUCAUGGUGUGGGCAAAAAUUGAACGCAAAAAAUUGGCCGACGAGAAUCCCGAUUUACAUAAUGCCGACCUAAGCAAAAUGUUGGGUAAAAAAUGGCGAUCGCUCACACCACAAGAUCGUCGUCCGUAUGUGGAAGAAGCUGAACGUCUACGAGUGAUACACAUGACGGAACAUCCAAACUAUAAAUACCGUCCACGACGAAGGAAGCAAUCAAAAAUGCGCAGUCUCCAAACGAAUGGUGUUAAAGAGCAAAAUGGUUCACAGAACUCAAGUAAAAAUGUUACGUGUAAGCAACAAUCAUGUGUGACGCCUACACCCUCGCCGUCUCAUUCCUCAGCAAUAACAAGUAGUGGUUAUGCAGCAACAACAACGACAACAACCUCAAAUCAAAUGCAAUUAAAUCCUCCCGUUUCGCUUUACGAGCAAACCCUACGUUCUAAUUAUUCGCCCAAUUCAUUAGAUUGCUAUAGCAAUUCUGAGAUAACAGAGAACGCUAACGAUUAUCUACAUUGCCCGCCCGACCAUGCAACCAAUGACCAGGCGUUUGGUCUAGAAGAGAAUUGCACAGCAACGCAAUAUAAAAGAAAUAGUCAGAAAUCGUCACCGAAUACCAGCUCAAUAAAAUCUAUAACGAAGUCACGUCAUAGCAGCACGACGUCAGUACAAAAAACGGCGAGAGACAUUGCUAGUAAGCAAAGCAAAUCUCUGAUCGAGAGCGAUAUAAGCAGAAGCCAGCAUUCACAAAUAUCCCUGCAAGCUUAUCCGCUCGCGGCUACAUCAAUGUCAGUGAUGGCGGGACGUGGUAUGUAUGUAACGUGCAGCAAUCGUGGCUUACUAGAUCAUGGCCAUUCGGUAAAAGGAACUUUUUAUCCUCCCGUUUCCUCUUUGGAUGAUGAUAAACUGCAUCCGAAUUCCUCGCUAAAUGUAAGCGGAUCGCCGAGUACUGGUAGUCAUGUGAUGUCACCAAAUAUACAACUGGCUUUACAUAGCUCAUCGUCAAAUUCUCAUACAAUGUCUUCCUAUCAUCAAAGUAGCCAUCAGCCAGAAUUAAGUUUCCCUUUAGAUGCAAGUGUAGCUACGACGGGUGAAUAUUUAACAGCUACAAGCGCAUAUAAUUUAAGUCCAAAUCUAUCAUAUGAAGAAUAUUUGCGUUACACUAGUGCUAGCACUUCAACACUAGCCGAAGGAGCCUAUACAACGGCGACUGGUAGCAAUAAUAUGCAAACCAAUCAUGACAUAAAUAAUCAUGCGACAGAUUCAGUCAAAAGUGCAGCAAAACAAACAAAAUAUCCUGAUAGCAAUCACAACUACGAUGCCUAUGAAGCUUUUAAUCCUAUGAUGGUGUCUACAACCGUGCCCGGUAAUAGUUAUUAUGGCCAAUUGCCAUAUACUUUAGCGGGUCAAACGUUUCCUUUACAGUUAGCUUUACCGCUGCAACAGUCUGCCUUAACAGCGGCUAGUGUUUAUGGCCAAGUGUCACAUGGUCAAAAUCAAAGCUACCUGCACUACAGUCCCUAUGCAUCUCAGUUAUCAAGUCCUCAACAAUUAGCUAAUGUGUCAGAAUCCGUGAACAAUUCUCCGCCAAAUUCGAUAUCUAUGGCGAAUAGCAGCAACAGUUUAAUGCAGCAAGCAGCCAACACAACCCCGCUAGCAGCUACUCUCGUGCAAUCAACAGCAUAUCCGAAUCAUCAUCAUCAUCAUCAUCAUCAUCAUCAAGUAAUUACGACUGGCGCAGCCUCAUCGACCAGCGUAUUAGGUGUAGGCGAAAUGAUAUUCGAUUCAAGACGUGACGAAGAGAUCAGCAAUAUUUUAGCCGGUGUUCGCAAAACUUGCUACAGCAACUAG